CUCACCCAGCCCACGUGUUUCGCGCAGCAUGGCGGACAAGAAGAGCUCACCGAGCGCCGAGCCCGGGGCUCCGGGAGAGGCGACAAAUGCCGAUCGCCAUGGCCUGCUGGAGCACAGCCGCGAGUUCUUGGAUUUCUUCUGGGACAUCGCCAAGCCGCAGCAGGAAACGCGGCUCGAGGCUACGGAGAAGCUGCUGGAGUAUCUGCGCACGAGGCCGCAGGGGUCGGAGAUGAAAUAUGCCCUGAAGCGCCUGAUCACUGGGCUUGGCGUGGGGCGAGAGGCCGCGCGGCCCUGCUACAGCUUGGCUCUGGCACAGUUGUUACAGUCUUUUGAGGACAUCCCCUUGUGCAGCAUCCUGAAACAGAUACAAGAAAAGUAUGAGUUGCAAAAGAUGAACAAGGCAACCAUGAGACCUGUUCUCUUUGCAAACCUGUUUGGGGUGCUAGCCCUCUUUCAGUCUGGUCGGCUGGUGAAGGACCCAGAGGCCCUGAUGAAGUCAGUGAAGCUUCUCCAAGCCCUGGCCCAGCACUACAACCACUUACAGGGACAGCCCAUGAAGGCCCUGGUGGACAUCCUGUCUGAGGUCCCAGAGGCCAUGUUCCAGGAGAUCCUGCCUAAGGUCCUCAAGGGCGACUUGAAAGUUGUCCUGAGUUCCCCAAAGCACCUGGAGCUGUACCUAUUGGCCCAGCAGAAAGUGCCCUCAGACCUCGAGAAGCUCGUGGGAUCCGUUGACCUCUUCUCAAAGGAGAAUAUCCCUAGUCUAGUGACUGUGCUGAAGAUGGCGGCCACCUCUGUGAAGAAAGAGCACAAGUUACCUGAUGUGGCUCUGGACCUGCUCCGCCUGGCGCUUAAGGAAGACAAGUUUCCACUAUUCUGGAAUGAGGUAGUAGAGCAAGGGCUGCUGAAGAAGCCAUCCUGGCCAGCCAGUUACCUGUGUUUCCGUCUGCUGGGAGCAGCCCUGCCCCUGCUAUCCAAGGAGCAGCUGCACCUGGUGAUGCGAGGAGACCUGAUCCGCCAUUUGGGGGAGCACAUGGUCAUUGCCAAGUCCCAAAACCUGUUCAGGUUUGCCCCGGUGAUGAGUGCCUAUGUGUCCACCUUCCUGGAGGGAUGCCAGGACAACCCUGAGCGGCAAUUGUCUGUGCUGGUGGCCUUCUCGUCCAUCACUAACCAGGGUCUCCCUGUCAUGCCUACCAUCUGGCGUGUCACACGGUUCCUGAACCCCCAAGCCCUGCAGAGCUAUGUGUCCUGGCUACAGGACAUGUUUCUCCAGCCAGACCUGGACUCUCUGGUUGAUUUUAGCACCACCAACCAGAAGAAAGUCCAGGACGCUUCAUUCAACGUGCCUGAGCGAGCUGUGUUCCGACUGCGGAAGUGGAUCAUCCAUCGCCUAGUCAGUAUUGUGGAUCAAUUGCCCCUGGAAAAGGAGGUGGCUGUCGUCGAGCAGGUGGCCAGGUUUUGCUUGUUCCACUCAUUCUUUAAAACAAAGAAGCCCACAAGCCAGAUCCCAGAAACCAAGCAUCAGUUUUCCUACCCUUUGGACACCCGGGCCCGAGAGUUCAUCGUUAAUGCCUUCUUCAGCCUGCUGCAGACCCUCAGUGUGAAAUUCCGGCCAGGGCCUGACCAGACCGAAGAUGAGAAGCCCUGGACCUACCGCCUAGUGCGAUUGGCAGAUUUCCUGUUGAGCCAUACUCGCAACGUGGCCAUCCUGACGCCCUUCACAGCACAGCAGCGCCAGGCCUGGACCCAGAUGCUGGACACCCUGAAGGAACUAGAAGCCCGUUCCUCAGAGGCCAAGGCCAAUGCCUUCCAGCACCUGCUGCUCCUGGUGGGCAUCCACCUUUUCAAGUCCCCUGUAGAGAGCUGUGAACUCCUUGGUGACAUUCAGACCUGCAUCAAGAAAAGCAUGGAGCAGAGGACCCGUCGCUCCCGAGCCAAGACCACCAACACCCAGGAGCCUCCAUGGGUGGAAGUGAUGGUAGAGAUCCUGCUAUCCCUGCUGGCCCAGCCCAGCCAUCUGAUGCGCCAGGUGGCCCGGAAUGUGUUCAGCCACAUCUGUUCCCACCUGACCUCACGUGCCCUGCGACUCAUUUUGGAUGUGCUGAACCCUGAAGCAAAUGAGGAUGAGGAGGACAACGUGGUGGUCACUGAUGAUUCUGAGGAAAAGCUGAAGGAGGCAGAGGAUGAGGGCUCGGAUAGUGAAGAUGAAAAUUCAGAGAGCGACGGGGAUAACGGCCAAGAUGAGGAGAGUGAUGAGGAAGAACGAGAUGAGGAUGUGGACCCAGGCUUCCGCCAGCAGCUGAUGGAGGUGCUGCAGGCUGGAAAGGCGCUGGGCGGAGAGGACAGUGAUGAGGAAGAACUGGGAGAUGAAGCCAUGAUGGCCCUGGACCAGAACCUUGCCAGUCUCUUUGCUGAACAAAAGAUGCGCAUGCAGGCCCGGCGAGAUGAGAAGAACAAGCUGCAAAAGGAAAAAGCGCUCCGGCGGGACUUCCAGAUCCGGGUACUGGACCUGAUAGAAGUGCUGGUCACCAAGCAGCCUGAGAGCCCCCUGGUCUUGGAAUUGCUGGAACCCCUGCUAAGCAGCAUCCGGCGAUGCAUGCGCAGUCGCAGCUCCACCAAGCAGGAGCAGGACCUCUUACACAAGAUGGCCCGCAUCUUCAUGCACCACCUGUGCCGCGCCCGGCACUACUGCCAUGAGGUGGACAACUGCACAGAGGCCCUGCAUGCCCAGGUAGAGCGGCUUGUGCAGCAGGCUGGCCACCAGGCCGACUCUUCUGUUGCCCUCUACUACUUCAAUGCGUCACUCUACCUGCUGAGGGUCUUGAAGGGCAACACUAGGCAGAGGCACUUCCCAGAGGAACAGAAACGGCCCAGCUCUCAGCCCAAGGAACCACAGGCCACCAACUGCUUGGACUUGAACUUCGUGACAUCUGUGUACUCAGCAGCACUGAGCACCUUCCUGACCAAGCGCAACAGCCCCUUCACCGUUCCCAUGUUCCUCACUCUCUUCUCUCGGCAUCCGAUGAUCUGUAAGAACCUGCUUCCUCUCCUGGUCCAGCAGGUGGGCAGCUCGGCACGCCCCCGCCAUCAGUCCCAGGCCUGCCUGCUACUACAGAAGUCCCUGUCCGCACGGGAGCUGAGAAUAUGCUUUGAGGACCCUGAGUGGGAGCAGCUGAUUGGCAAGGUCCUGGCAAAGGUCAUUGAGGCCCUUCGCACGCUGGGGGAGGCGCAGAGUAAGUCGGAGCACCAGAAGGAACUGUCCUCCCUGGAGCUGCUCAACACCCUCUUAAGGACAAUCAAUCACGAGAAGCUGACUGUGGACCUGACAGCUCUCCUGGGCACACUGCAGGGGAAACAGCAGACCCUGAAGCAGAGCUUGAAACAGGGGAACCAUUCUGCCGGUUCCAACCGCCUCUACGACCUCUAUUGGCAGGCCAUGAAGAUUCUAGGCGUUCAGCGCCCCAAAUCGGAGAAGGAAGCCAAGCCCAAUGAAACCGAGAGCCCCGUAAGUAUGAAGCGCAAGAAGAAGGGAUUCUUGCCUGAGACCAAGAAACGUAAGAAACGCAAGGCAGAGGACACUUCAGCCGAGGAAGUGGUGACCCCACCUCCAGCCACAGCUGGGGACCAGCCUCCCAGCACUGGCAAGAAGAGGAGGAGGAAGAAGAUGAAGGCCAAGGAUUUGGUCUCAUCCCCAGGGACACCUGCCACCAAGAGUCCAGCCCUUGACACCCCCACCCUGAGCCCCAGCACCCCUGUCAACACCCCUGCCAAGACCCCAAAGCUGCAGAAGCAAAAAGAGAAGGUGUCACAGGAGAAUGAAGCCUCUCCCAUAUCCCCCACAGAGCCCGCAAGCAAAAAGCAGUAUCAGAAGGCUCUGCCCAAAAAGGGGGUCUUGAGCCCAACCCCACAGUCCUCUGUGCCACGGAAAAAGGCACGCCUGUCUUUGGUUGGCAGGAGCCCCAGCCUGUUUCAGAGUGGGAUGAAAAAAAGGAAAGUGCUGCAGAAGAAGGGGACACCCUGAGUGCAGCCUGCCCUCCCCACGCCUCCAGUGGUCCUACAGACUCCUCUAUUUUUUUUCCACUAUGAUUUUUAAUAAACCGCAGCAUAAGGCACCA